UUAUGAAUUAAAGAAAGAAAAUAUAAAGAACAAUACGAUAAUGAUAUAAAAGAAAUCAUUUUAAAAAACAAAAUACAAAAACAACUAACAAAACAAUUAUCAUCAUUAGAAAAAUUCACCUAUAUAGACGAUUUAUCUAAUGGGAUAAAUGAAAAAAAGUUAGCAACUAAAGUAAAAAAAGAUAAAAAAUCCAGGAAAACAUUAGGUCAUACCUUAUCCGAAUGGAAGAUUUUACCUAAUAUUGAUAUGUAUGAAUGGAUACCUUUUUCAUCUAAGGAAGCAAUAAUUGUUUGUAAUAUAAAAAAUAUGAAACAUGCUAUUACUAAAGUUGGUUAUAUAAGGUACAUAAAUUUACGUCUAUUGAUAAUAAGGAUGGGAAAGUUUCCGUUGAUAUGGGUUCAAUUAUUUAAUUCUAUUAUGAAUUCUUAUAAUGCGUUCAUUCAAAAAUAUAUAGGGGAUGAUAUUACAUCCAAUGGUAGUAAUUUUAAAAAUAGUAGUGUUUCAUCAAUUUUUAUUUACGCUUUAUGGGAAUUUUUUGAGCAUAUCGUAGCCCCUGUCUCCGCUGCUCUUUUUUUCGAAGGUAGUUCUAAUGAAAAUGGAAGUGAAUGUACAAAUGUAUCUCACAUUCAUGGAUCUGGUGAUAAUCAUUACAUUACAGUACUUUAUGAUUCAUUUAUUGCUAUAUAUACUAUAGCAUCUAUUUUAUUAAUUCUUUAUUACAUUUUAAAAUAUUAUAGAAAUUUAAGAGUGCAGAAAAAAAUGAAAUAUAUAAUAUUAUUA